AUGACGGAUUCCUUGUUUUCUUCACUUGAAACACUAAGCGAAGACUUAAAGAUAAACGAAACAGAUCCAAAUGAGGGAAUUUCAGACACAGAAGUAUAUAGACUUCAGACAGAAAUUCUCAAACAUUCAAAAUUAGUUGAAGAUUAUUUGAAUUCUUCAAAAAGCAACGAGAAAUCAAAACACUUAGCAUCACUUAAGUAUCUUUUUUCAUUAUUUAAAUCAGAAUUAUCAGUAAAUUUAACGUUACGAAAAUUAUUACUUGAUUCCAGAAAUAAUCACUCUCAAGUUAUUGAUGAUACUAAUAAUUUCAUGUCAACACUCUCAGGAAUGGGUGUUGGCGAAAUUCAUGACUUUGAAACAAUAAUUAAAAUCGUUAAAUCACUAAUAAAGCAAGUUGACAGAUCAGAACAAGCAAAUUAUAAAAUAGCAAAGAAAUUAAAGCGGAUCAAAGUCAUUGAAGACAAUUUUACAUCAAAAGAAGCUGAAAUGCAGUUACAAAUAGCACAAUUAAAUUCAGAAAACGAUAGAUUAAAGCACCAAUAUGAAUCAUUAAAAGAUCAAUACAAUUUACUCCAAAUGAAUCAGUAUAAAUUUCAAAAUGUGAAUACUCAAAAUCCCUAUUCUCCUCAACUUCAAGCAGAAAUAGAAAAACUUAGGAAUACUUAUAAUACAGUAGAUACAGAAAGACAGAAAAUCAUAAACGAUAAUCUUAAUUUCCAAAAGAAAAACGAAGAAUUAAAUCAGGAGAUUUCUUCAUUAAACUCUAAAUUAAAUCAAGUUAAUCAAACAUCAAAGAUAAUGUCAGAACAGAUCAAUAAGAGUGAAAACGAAAUAAAGAAUCUUCGUGAUCAAUUAUUAAAAUCAGAAACGAGCAAAAGUGAUAUCAUAGCAGAAAACGCUGGAUUAAAGCAAAAGAUUGAGAUUCUCCAAGCAGAAAACCAAAAACUCUCAGUUGAAGCUUUGAAUAAAAAAGAAAUUCCAGAAAUCACCAAAAUUGUUGAAACAACAAAUAACGAACAGCUGAUCAAUGAAAUUGCUAAUCUCAAAUCCAUGAUAUCUGCUCAAAAACAAAAUCCAACAGAUCAAAACCAAAAUUUAGUUUUAAUUUCAAGGAUGAAAGCAUCAAUUAAAGAGCUUCAAGAUAAAAUCAAUGACCAAGAUAAAACGAUCAAAGAAAAAGAUAAACUUAUUGAAGAAAAAACAAUGAAAUUCAAUGAAUUACAAAAUUCACAUAAUAAUUAUGUUAAAAGUAUGAGUAAUAUAAAAAAUGAAAUAAAAAACACAAAGAAACAGUUGCUAGAUUCCAAGUCCAAGUCAUCAAAUAAGAUUAAAUUACUAAAAGCGAAAUAUGAAGAAUUAAUCAAAACAUUAAAUCAGCAGAAUGAAUCUAAGAUAAAUGCAAUUAAAUCCGAAUGUGAUAAAGAAAUAAAUAAGAUUAAGAAAGAAUAUCAAGAGCGCGAAGAUAAUAACAGAAACAUGCUGAAUGAUGCAUUGCAAAGUCAAAUUUCACAGAAAGAAUUGAUUGAAAGAGAACUCAGAUUUAGAGUGGAAUCAUUAGAAUCUGAGAAUAGAACAUUACGUGACCAAUCAAGAAAACUUAGUUAUGCAUUGGAGCAAGAAGAAAAAGAACUCGCAAGACUUCAAGUUAUUCAUUCCAAAAAUUCACAAAUUGAUUGUGAAGAAUUCCCAUUCAAUCAAAGAAUAGAAAGAAGAGUUAAGAGAAAAGGUGUUUAUAGAAGAAAGGAGAUAUAUACUUAUCCAGAAUUUGAUGAAGAAGAAAGUUAUUAA